AUGUCCGACGUCGAGCCGGGCAGCUUCCACCCGUUUGAGGUGUCGGCCACCCACAUCAUCUAUGUCGGCCUGGGUGUGUUUGUGGCCCUGUUUGGCAUGUUCAGUCUCUUUAUCAAGGAGAAGCUCUACCUCGGCGAGGCGCCCAUCGCCGCCAUCUUUGGCAUCAUCGUCGGCCCCGUCGCUCUCAACCUGUUUGACCCCAGCAACUGGGGCGGCCACAAGACGGACACGCCCGGCGGGCACAUCACCAACGAGAUCACCCUCGAGGUCAUGCGUGUCACCAUUGCCCUCUCCGUCUUUGCCGUCGGUGUCGAGCUGCCGAAAAAGUACCUGCUGCGCCACUGGCGCUCGAUUGCGCUUCUGCUGGGCCCCGUCAUGGUCUGGGGCUGGCUCGUCACGGCGGCCUUUAUGUAUGCGCUCGUGCCCGGGCUCGACUUUCUCAACUGCCUCGUCGUCGCCUCCUGCGUCACCCCCACCGACCCCAUCCUUGCCCAGGCCGUCGUCGGUGGGCCCUGGGCCGAGAAGCACGUGCCGGCGCAUCUGCGACACAUGCUCAUGUGCGAGUCCGGCUGCAACGACGGCGCCGCCUUUCCCUUUCUCUACCUCGCCCUCUUCCUGACGACGAAUCGCGACAACCACGGCAAGGCGAUUGCCGAGUGGUUCUACGACGCAUGGGCCUACCAGAUCAUCUUUGGCACACUCCUGGGCGCCCUGAUUGGCUGGGCUGCGCGCAAGCUCAUGCGCUUCUCGGAGCGCCACAAGCUCGUCGACCGCGAGUCCUUUGUGGCCCAGUACGUGAGCCUGGCCGUGGCGAGCAUGGGCGUCAAUGUGCUGCUGGGGAGCGACGAUCUGCUGGCUGCCUUUGCCUGUGGCACUGCCUUUGCCUGGGACGGGUGGUUCACCAAGCAGACGGAAGACUCCAACUUCAGUUCGAUCGUCGACUUGCUCUUCAACGUCGCCACUUUUAUUUACAUUGGCGCCCUCAUGCCCUUUCACGACUUUGUCGGCGGCAGCGACGCCGAGCGCAACACCCUCAGCCUCUGGCGCCUCUUUGUGCUCGCUAUAUGCGUCCUCCUCACCAAGCGCCUCCCCAUCGUCGUCGCCCUCUGGCGCUGGAUCCCCGACAUCAAGACGUUCCGCGAGGCCGUGUUUGCGGGCCACUUUGGGCCCAUUGGCGUUGGUGCUAUUUUCAUCGCCACGCUCGCACGCACCCUCCUGCCCGAGGAGGUCGCCAGCCCGCCCGAGACGACCAACGACUACCUGGCGCUGACGGUGCAGCCAAUCAUCUUUUUCUUUGUCCUCUGCUCCAUCAUCAUCCACGGCCUCACCAUUCCCUUUUUCGCAUUCAGCCGGCGCGCGACGACGAUGACGCGCACGUGGAGCCGGCAC